AGCUGGAGGAAGCAGCGACGGCGGCCACGAUGAGCGCGGGCGACGCCGUGUGCACGGGCUGGCUCGUCAAGUCGCCCCCCGAGAGGAAGCUGCAGCGCUACGCCUGGCGCAAGCGCUGGUUUGUCCUGCGGCGCGGCCGCAUGAGCGGCAACCCCGACGUCUUGGAGUACUACAGGAACAAGCACUCAAGCAAGCCCAUCCGCGUGAUAGACCUCAGCGAAUGUGCAGUGUGCAAGCAUGCGGGCCCUGGCUUUGUUCGCAAGGAAUUUCAGAAUAAUUUUGUGUUCAUUGUCAAGACUACUUCUCGUACAUUCUAUCUAGUGGCCAAGACUGAGGAGGAAAUGCAGGUGUGGGUGCACAGCAUCAGUCAGGUCUGCAACCUCAGCCACCUGGAGGAUGGUGCAGCAGAUUCCAUGGAGAGCCUCUCUCACCUGCCCUCCUCCCUCCAGCCGUCGUCGGCCAGCGCCCUUCACAUGGCCCAUGCUGUCAGCUCCUCCUUGCCAAGAGAUGACCCAAGCACUAGUACCAUAGCCACUGAGGAAACCAGAAGUGAGUCAGAGUUUCUCUUCCUUCCUGAUUAUCUGAUUCUGUCCAACUGUGAGACUGGAAGACUGCACCAUGCCAGUCUACCCACCAGAUGUGAUAGCUGGUCAAACUCAGACCGCUCAUUGGAACAGACUUCAUUCGAUGAUGUUUUUGUCGACUGUCUGCAGCCGCUGCCCUCUAGUAACUUGGUCCACCCCUCACGCCUUGGGAAUGGAUCUCAGGAGGUGCCUUCCACGAGGGCUCAGGCUGCCCUAAUCUGGAGUAGAGAUAUUAAUGGGCCAUCCAGGGACCACUUUUCUUCACCAUUGCUGCAAACUUCCUUAAAUUCCACCAUUCAGGUAGAUAAAAACCAAGGUUCCUUGUCCUAUGGGGUAAAAGAAGUAGACAUUAUGUCCAACACACCACCUCCCCGACCCCCUAAGCCAAGCCAUCUCUCUGAACGGCGCCAAGAGGAGCAGCUCCUAUGGAGUGGGCACAGCAACGUCAAAAAGGCAGACAGCGCUAUGGUACCAAGAAGAAUCUCCCUCUCUGGUUUAGAUCACAUGAGAACCUGGAAAGCUGAUGUAGAAGGCCAAUCUUUAAGACACCGAGACAAACGGCUUAGUUUAAAUUUGCCAUGCAGGUUCUCCCCAAUGUACCCCACAGCUUCAGCCAGUGCCGAAGACAGCUAUGUGCCCAUGGGCCCCCAGGCCAUUGCCUCUGGUCUUGGAACCCACUGCAGCCCUGAUGAGUACAUCGCAAUGAGCUCAGGAAGCAUCUCAAGCCCACUGCCUGAGCUACCUGCAAACCUGGAGCCUCCUCCAGUCAAUAGAGAUCUCAAGCCUCAGAGGAAACCACAGCCACCUCCCCUGGACCUGAGAAACCUCUCCACUAUCCGGGAACACGCGUCUCUAACCAGGACUCGCACAGUGCCGUGCAAUCGAACCAGCUUUCUCUCUCCAGAAAGAAAUGGUAUUAAUUCUGCAAGGUUUUUUGCCAAUUCUAUUUCCAGAGAAGAGGAAGAAAGCUACAUCCAAAUGCAGGAGCACAGAACAGCCAACUCCCUGAGCAGUGGUGCUCUGACGUGCACGAAGAAAUUCAGCCUGGAUUAUUUAGCCCUGGACUUCAAUUCAGCAUCACCAGCCCCUGUACAACAGAAACUUCUCCUUUCAGAAGAACAAAGAGUAGACUAUGUCCAAGUGGAUGAGCAGAAGACACAAGCUCUCCAGAGCACAAAGCAGGAGUGGACAGAUGAGAGACAAUCUAAAGCGUGAGACAUGUGAGCUUGGGCUGUGUGUGAGACAGGGAAGCAUGGGGCUCGCUUUCAGGUUUUUUUGCUAGAAUUGCACCAGCGGUCAAUGCCAGUCAAGAUGCAGAGAGAAUGUGUAAUUUCCAUGGGCUUAGCAAGAAUCUUUGGGACAGAGGAUCUAUUUGUACACAUUGAACAGAGAGAAGAAGGAAGCAAUCUCCUCCCAGAGGAGGCUCUGAGGAAGUCCAGCCCCUGCUGCUGCCCCUGCCUGUCACAACAGUUUCCUUCUCUGUCCACACUUGUUCAUGCCCAGAGCAUCAUGGAUGCUUGAAGUUGGCUCCACAGUCACAAGAGGCAGACAUGGAGGAUUCCACAGCUGCAGACUGAGAUGUAGAAAACCCCAUUCAUUCAGGCAGAGUUGGAACAACAAAAACAACACUUGGGCGAAUAUUUUUCCCAGAGCUUGGUUAAAAAUCUCUCCAGUGAAGUGUUUGGAGUGUAGAUUGGAGUCAGUAUUGCUACUGACAGGAUAGGAUCAUUUGACUCCAGUACCUGAAAUUCUGACUUCUCUCCUGUGUUUCCUUUGGAAUCAUAAAUUAUCCCAGGAGAGAGGCACCUGGAGACCAUCUUGUCCUAAAAACAUGGCUGAGGAAAUCAAGCCCAGCAACGGUGGCAGAAUCUAUGCUUCUUACUCCAAAAACUCCAGCAGACAAAUCAUUUCUAUCCCCAAAGAAAGAUAAUUCAAGUGAAAAGAGCACUGAAUCCUGGGCUCCAGGAUGAGCUUAUCAGAUGAUACUGGUGGCUUUAAGGAUGUCCUGGUUAAGCUGCUACCUGUGGCUGAGUGUUCCGUUGCUGUUGGCCUUUUCCCAGAAUGCUUUCACAUGCAUCUUCUCAUCUCUUUCCCUAAAAGACUUCGGAAGCUAGGCUUGGCAAAGAUUGUUGUUCCCACUUUGAAAAAAAGAAAAUUGAGAAGCAGAGGAGGGAACACUUUGCCCAAGAUUACUCAUAGAGCUGAGACACAGAGUCAGGCUUAGAAUAGAGUUGGCCAGGCUGCCUAUUGCAGGCUCAUUGCACUGUCUCACACUGCGUCUGAGGAUUGUGAUGAAAUCCAUAAGUUUGGUCAACCUUGAAGACACGUGGGAAACAUGUGCAGAUGCAAGAUGAGCCAUCAUCUCCUCUCCAUUUCAUAGGAUUUUGAGCAGGUGUUUUUAUACUUGAAAGGUAUAUGUGUCAAGCCAGGGUUCCUUUGUAUGGUGUCCAAACAGGGAACUCUAACAUAAUCAGUAGUUACCAUUAGAAAUACUUCCUGGGGGCUGGCCCCGUGGCCGAGUGGUUAAGUUCGCGCGCUCCGCUGCAGGCGGCCCAGUGUUUCGUCGGUUCGAAUCCUG